GUGUGGAUACACACCUCUCUGCCCCGCCCCGUGAGGAGCGGAGAGCGCAGUGCCCAGCACCGACCCCAGGGUCUCGUCCCCCACUCCUUACUCCGCUGCGCAGCGCUCUCGGGGGAGCGGAGCCCCAGAAGAGGACAAAGCAUUUGUAGAAGACUUAAGUGGACAAGGGACUAAAGCAAACAAGAAAAAUGCCGAAACCAAUCAAUGUCAGAGUAACCACAAUGGAUGCAGAGCUGGAAUUUGCCAUCCAGCCCAGUACAACAGGCAAGCAGCUCUUUGAUCAGGUGGUAAAAACUGUUGGUCUUCGUGAAGUCUGGUUUUUUGGGCUACAGUAUGUGGACAGCAAAGGCUACUCAACUUGGCUGAAGCUAAAUAAAAAGGUAACACAGCAAGAUGUAAGGAAAGAAAAUCCUUUGCAGUUUAAGUUCAGGGCCAAGUUUUUUCCAGAGGAUGUAUCUGAAGAAUUAAUUCAGGAAAUAACUCAGAGACUUUUCUUCCUGCAAGUCAAAGAAGCAAUCUUAAAUGAUGAAAUAUAUUGCCCACCAGAAACUGCAGUUCUUCUGGCUUCCUAUGCUGUCCAGUCCAAGUAUGGAGAUUACAGUAAGGAGAUACAUAAACUAGGCUACCUAGCCAAUGACAGGCUUCUCCCUCAGCGAGUGUUAGAACAGCACAAACUGACAAAAGAACAGUGGGAAGAAAGAAUACAGAACUGGCAUGAAGAGCACAGGGGAAUGUUAAGGGAGGAUUCUAUGAUGGAAUACCUUAAGAUAGCACAAGACUUGGAAAUGUAUGGAGUCAACUAUUUUGAAAUAAAGAAUAAAAAAGGAACUGAACUGUGGCUAGGAGUUGAUGCUUUGGGUCUGAAUAUUUAUGAGCAUGAUGAUAAGCUAACACCCAAGAUUGGUUUUCCUUGGAGUGAAAUAAGAAACAUCUCUUUUAACGACAAAAAAUUUGUCAUAAAGCCAAUUGACAAAAAGGCCCCCGAUUUUGUAUUUUAUGCACCUCGUCUCAGAAUUAACAAGCGAAUUUUGGCACUGUGUAUGGGAAAUCAUGAAUUGUACAUGAGGAGGAGGAAACCUGAUACAAUUGAAGUGCAACAGAUGAAGGCCCAAGCUAGAGAGGAGAAACAUCAGAAACAAUUGGAAAGGGCACAAUUAGAAAAUGAGAAGAAGAAAAGGGAAAUAGCAGAAAAGGAAAAAGAAAGAAUAGAGCGUGAAAAGGAAGAAUUGAUGGAACGCUUAAGACAAAUUGAGGAACAAACAAUGAAAGCUCAGAAAGAGUUAGAGGAACAGACUAGGAGAGCUCUAGAACUGGAUCAAGAACGAAAGCGUGCAAAAGAGGAGGCAGAGCGCCUGGAAAAAGAACGUCGAGCAGCUGAGGAAGCUAAAGCUGCUCUAGCCAAGCAGGCAGCAGAUCAAAUGAAGAACCAGGAGCAGCUAGCAGCAGAACUUGCUGAAUUCACUGCCAAGAUUGCACUUCUAGAGGAGGCCAAGAAAAAGAAAGAAGAAGAAGCCUCAGAAUGGCAGCACAAAGCUUUUGCAGCCCAAGAGGACUUGGAAAAGACCAAAGAAGAACUGAAAUCUGUGAUGUCUGCUCCUCCUCCACCUCCUCCCCCACCAGUUAUCCCUCCAACGGAGAAUGAACAUGAUGAACAUGAUGAGAACAAUGCUGAAGCCAGUGCAGAACUGUCUUCUGAUGGUGUCAUGAAUCACAGGAGUGAAGAAGAACGGGUAACAGAAACACAGAAAAAUGAACGUGUUAAGAAACAGCUCCAGGCUCUAAGUUCUGAGUUGGCUCAAGCCAGAGAUGAAACCAAGAAAACACAAAAUGAUGUCCUUCAUGCUGAGAAUGUUAAAGCAGGCCGUGAUAAGUACAAGACUCUUCGACAAAUCCGACAAGGCAAUACAAAGCAGCGUAUUGAUGAGUUUGAAGCAAUGUGAGAGUUGUUAUUUUGCAUAUAUGUUCCUCAUAAGGCUGAACCACCAACAGAGAAAAAAGCAGGCCUUUGCAGAUUUGAUGGAUUGCACCCCACUUUGCCAAAGCACUUAAUACCAGUUUGACUAGAGUGGCUAGAAGACAAAUUUAGGGGAAGCUAUUCAACAAUAAGGCAGUCUGUCAUCCCUAGGUUUUUGGUUGGGAGGGUGUGGAGAAUGAUACCAGGGUGUUGGGUUUUUUUCCCUGUCAUGUUUUCAGUUUCAGUGUUUCAUAUUUUUUUCUUUGGAAACUGAUGUGAAGUAUAUGACUGACAAGUGUAUAUAUUGCUUAAAGAUUAAGAAGGAGAAACAAGAAUGGAACUGGACCUAAACUGGAUAGGUACUAUCCAGGGAACUUCCCAUGUGAAGUUUGAAGUUACAUUUUUCAAUGUAGCUACACCACUGAGAGUUUGAUAUUGCUGACUUUUAAGGAGGUUUUUUUGUUUGUCCUCUUUUCAUUUUUGGUUUUUCCCACUCCCGAGUGAAAUUCUUUGGUGUUUCAUGUCCUGUCAUCAUUGAUGGUUUUCUUUGCCUACCUGUUCACAAAGGUCUGGAUGGCAGGUGGUAGUUCCAGGAAAUAUUUUUAAAUGGAACACUACCUGUGGGCAGCACAGGGCUGCUGAUAGGCUUGUGUAAGUAUUGCUUUUCCUAGGAGAUUUUUUAGAUGUGCAGAAUGUUCUAAUGCAGCAAAAGAAAAGAAAACAAAAACAAAGCUUUGUGUGCAAUUUGCUUGUCAUUAUUUUAUUUGUAGUAGGGAGACCUGGACCUUUCUGGCAAGGGAGCAUAUGAAAACAUCAGUCCCAGGGAGGGGACAAUAUCCUACCUCACUACUAUGUACAUGAUGACUGGUCCUUCAAACACCAUGAAAAAAACUGUUUAAAUUGACUGUGACUGCACAGUGAUACCAUAGAACACGAAGAGCCCUUACUGCUAGGAUUUUGGUUUACUUUAAGAUGCAUUCAUAGUGCUAAAUACUGUCAAACUGCCUUUUGUUGAGUUUCAGUGUGAAAGCAUCUUGCAUGUUUCACAGCUGUAAUCUGUCACUGGUAUACCUAUCUCCUGGGAGGGGUGUAGAAUGUGCAUGUCAGUUCUGGUUUUGGUUUCCAAAUACAAAAUGAAAGUUCCCAGAAUUUGAGUAAAAGUGGUUGUAGCUUCAGUUUUCAGUGAAGCUGGUAUUGUAAUUGUCCUAUCUGACGCCAAGUCAUUGUUAUUAAGUCCUUUCCCUCUUGAAAAGGAGACCUUUUUUUGAGAAAUUUGCUUGGAAAUUGAACUCCAGAAGUAACUUUACAGCUAAUUUGAACUGCAGUUACUCCUUUUGUUAUAGUACCCUAGUAGAUAUGUACAGCAGAAGAACCCUGCUUUCUCUGAGGAUGGUUCAGCUCUUUUCUGUUUGGUAUUAUGCACUCAUAAAUUUACACUUAUCUAUUAAAAUUUGCCAUUUUAUUAAACAUUUUUUUCCAUGCACAAUAGGUUUAAAUUUCUAUGAACAGUCCAACUAAGGUGUUUUGGUUUUUUUUUUAAUUUUGUGGAGUUAAAGGUUGGCUAUGUGGGGUGACAUCAUGAAAAUAAAAUAAAGAUACAUUAAUAUAUUUUUGGGGCUAAACAUACCUGGUUGACCUUGAAGACCGAUGUGCAGAUGGUGUGCACAUGCUUCAAAAUGCUGCUUGGUGGAAGCUGGCGUUUCUACUUGCAGUGCAUUGUAAGAACAGUUUUUGUUUCACAGGCUUCAUACACCGAAGCUUAAGUAAAUUUCUGGAGUAUUGGAACAGUCUGCUGUAGCAGCGGGAGUACUGUGCUUCCAGUGAGUCUUCAUUUUUCCCUGGAGAUUGUGCACUAACACUGAUACAUCAGUUUAAGUGUUGGGAAAAAAAUACCAGUAAAGUUUAUUGUUCAUAAAAUCUACAGUCUAUAGAGUAGGGCUGAAUGGGUUAGGUCCAUUUAUAAAGCUGUGUGGAUUUUUAUUUUUUUUUUUCUAAACAACCAGGAACAACCAUUUGUAAUACAGAUUUUCACAAUGAACAAAGUGAUAAUAGCUGCUGUGACCAGCAGUUGGGAACACUUACUGGUGCGGAAACACUAAGAAUACACUUAAUGAUACUUGGUGAAGUAAUUUUCCACGUUUUUUCCUUUAGCAUAAUGUUUUUGUGUUGUACAAUUAAGCUACAAUUACUUCUACUAUUUUGGAUAACAUUCAUUGGUUAACAAUAAAGAGAUACAGUUAA